UAAACAAGCUAAAUGCACUGCUAGACCAAUGGAUAUCCAAAAAGUAUUGCUUCCAGAAAGAUUUACAAUCCCUAUUACUAAUUUGGAUGAACAAUCUACUGAAUGCACUAUAAAAAUUGUGCAUAUUCCAA